ACAGUUCAGUUGAACUUCUGACGAUUCAUCCUCUCUUCCUCUCUCUCCAGGCGACGAAGCCCCCGAAUAUCCCUUGGUCAGGGCCCCUUUCAGCACUACCAACGUUUAGAGAUGUCCGCUCCUACUCCUGCUCCGCUCGAGAAGAAGCCCGUCAAGUUUAGCAAUUUGCUACUUGGCGCGGGAUUGAAUAUGUUCGAAGUCACGACGUUGGGACAGCCGCUGGAAGUGAUCAAGACAACCAUGGCUGCCAACCGUACCGACUCUUUCGCGGGCGCCAUGAGACGGAUCUGGGGCCGUGGUGGAAUUCUCGGCUACUACCAAGGUCUCAUUCCCUGGGCCUGGAUUGAGGCUUCUACCAAAGGUGCCGUGCUGCUUUUCGUCGCCUCCGAAGCCGAAUUUUAUACCAAACGCCUCGGCGCAUCUGACUUUGGCGCCGGUAUCCUUGCUGGUAUGACGGGUGGUGUUGCUCAGGCCUACGCAACCGUCGGAUUCUGUACAUGCAUGAAAACCGUCGAGAUCACCCGGCACAAGAUGUCUGCUAGCGGUGUCAAACCCCCUAGCACCUGGCAAACCUUCAUGGAUAUUUACCGCAAGGAAGGUAUCCGCGGUAUCAACAAGGGUGUCAAUGCCGUCGCAAUCCGCCAGACAACCAACUGGGGUUCUCGAUUUGGUCUUUCCCGAUUGACAGAGAACGCCAUCCGCAGCGUGACCGGCAAGGAUGAUAGUCAGAAAUUGAGCGCGGGUGAAAAGAUUAUUGCCUCUGGAAUGGGUGGUGGUUUGUCCGCGUGGAAUCAGCCUAUUGAAGUUAUCCGUGUUGAGAUGCAGAGCAAGACUGAUGAUCCCAACCGACCUAAGAACUUGACUGUUGGCAAGACCUUCAAGUACAUUUACGAGACUAAUGGUAUCAAGGGUCUGUACCGAGGAGUCGCUCCUCGUAUCGGUCUAGGAAUGUGGCAGACUGUGUGCAUGGUGGCUCUCGGUGAUCUUGCCAAAGAUGCCGUAGAAAAGCUUACCGGUGAGAAAGUCACUGCAAAGCACUAGGAGGGUUUGAAAUACCCCUCACCCAACGACAUGCAUUGCUAUGACUAGAUCUUUCCUUUCUUAAAGAUAUUCACUUUUUGUUUCAAUUCUUCGAAUACCCCUGUCACUUACUGUCAACUAUACUGGUGAUGUGUCAUUACUUGGGUAGGGUUAUAGAAUAGGUUAUUUAUAUUAUAAAUGAGAGAGCUCGUCAAUUGCAUGACGAGAGUUAGUUGUAUACAUAGAUAGCCAAUUAUAGACAUACACAGAUUG